AUGGCAACACAGAAAGCGGUCGUUAUUACUACGCCGAAGCAUGCCCAGGUGGUGUGCGAUAGAGCCAUCCCGAAGCUGCGUGACGAUUCUAUCUUAGUCAAGACCGUCAGUGUCGCAUUGAACCCUACCGACUGGAAACAUAUUGACUUCCUGGCCCCCGCCGGUGUCCUCGUCGGGUGCGACUAUGCCGGGAUUGUGGAAGCAGUCGGUAAGGGCGUUAAAAAACCUUUCACAAAGGGAGACCGAAUCUGUGGAUUUGUCCACGGGUCCAAUGCCGUUCAGCCCGAGGAUGGAGCCUUCGCGGAAUACAUUAUCGUCGACGGAGACCUUCAAUACAAAAUACCUGAAGGCAUGGGGUUUGAAGAGGCAGCAACUUUGGGACUUGGGGUUACCACCGCUGCUCUUGGGCUUUACCAAAGUCUUAAACUAGCCCUUCCCAUCGCUCCUAUCGAGACCAAAAUACCAAUCUUGAUUUACGGGGGCUCAUCAGCUACCGGAACUUUGGCGAUUCAGUUUGCCAAGUUAUCAGGUUACGAAGUUCUGACAACUUGCUCUCCUCGCCAUUUCGACCAGGUCAAGAACCUAGGUGUCGACGCUGUUUUCGAUUACAACGACCCAGCCUCCGCCAGCGCGAUUAGAGAACAAACGAAGGACAGUCUUACGUUAGCUUUCGAUACAAUAUCAGUCGAGAGCAGUGCCACAUACUGUGAUCAUGCGCUAUCCACCAAGGGUGGCGAUUACAGCUCACUUCUUCCGAUAAAAACUGAGCGUGAGAAUAUUCGGGAUCGAUCGACUAUGGCAUAUACGGCGUUCGGUCGGAGCUUCAAGUUCGGGCCAAGGGAUAUUCCAGCUCAGCCAGGCGAUAGGGCUUUUAUGGAACAGUUCACUGGCAUUUUCCAGGACUUGCUGGCCAGUGGCAAGAUCAAGACACAUUCUCCUAGGGUCAGCAAUGCCGGGCUGGACGGUAUCUUGGACGGGCUUCAGCUCUUAAGGAACGGUAAGGUUCGGGGCGAGAAGCUUGUUUAUAAUAUCGUAGAUAGUUCCUGA